GAAAUAAUAAUUUGUUUAAACUAAGUGCAAUUUUUUUUUUCUAAAAUUAUUAUUCAGCAUAAAAAUUUAGACAGGGAAUUCCUGUGGAUACUCGCUCCCUAAUUGGGCGGGAAUUUUCUGUCUAAAUGGGAAACGGAGCGGAGACAAGGAUUAAGUAAUUUGCGGCAUAAAUAUUUAAGUUUAAUUUUCAGUUCUAGAUAAAUAUUUAAGUUUAAUUUUUGACGGUAAUAUUACUUAAGUUAUAUUUUAGAAAUUUUCGUAGGUAUUUGACCCUGACCGUUACGGGUUAAGUCAAUAAAUAUGUGAUACAAUCAAGUAUGGAAGUUCAAGAAAUAUAACUUAAGUAUUAUUACUGUUAAAAAUUAAACUUAAAUAUUUAUCCGCUACCAAGAAUUAUACUUAAUUAUUUAUGCCAUAAAUUACUCAAACUAUUAACAACCUACUUCAUCAAUCUUUUGUUGGGAAAAAAUAAACCAAACAAGUUAAUAAAAAAAAACCCUAUUAUUUUUUUUUUUUGACAUAAUAAAAUCCCAUUAUUUGAUGGAGAUCAAAUUGAAGAAGAAAGAGAUAGAAAAGCCUUUAUAAAUGGGAAAUUUUGACUUGUUCUUUGUAGUGCCAUUCUCAACUCCAAAAAAAAAAAUACACUUAAAAAGACAAAGAAAAUGUAGUUAUUUUUGAAAAAAAAAAAUGUAGUUAUUUAUUUGGUACAUUUGUAAGAAAAAAAAAAGUAAAACAUAAAUUAAUAGAAUUAGAACACAUUAAGUAAUGAAAUCAAAUCAAAGAAAACAAGACAAGACAUAAAAAUAUGGUAUGGAGUGAAGCUUGGUCUUUGUUUGAUCUUUGAUCUCCUUGCUUGUUGUUAUGCAUUUCAUUAAACACCACUAACUAACUACUUCUUCUCCGAAAGACUUGGAGACUUCUUUACUCACUAACAUAAACUAUUUGUUCUCCACACAAAUAUAUACAUAUAUAUACACAAAAAUAAAGGACAAAACUUUAUUCUCAUUUCCACUUUUCUUGGGCUCUAUUCUUCUUCUAGAUGAAACAAAACACCAACCCAAAAACCAAAAAUCAUCACUUGUUGCAAAUUUCUGUGUUUGUGUGUGUGUGUGUACGGAUGAGAGAUGAAGAAGCCUAGAAAUGGUUCAUCUUCUUUACAAGUCAAAUGUCAGAACAUCUACAACAACAACAACAACAUUAACAACAACAACAAUAACAAUAACAACAACAACAACAACAAAAGGAAGAGUUUUUAUGAGCUUUCUUUGUCUUUGGUUCUCUCCCUUUGGUGUCUUGCUUUUUUGUAUUACUCUAAGCUUGGCCUUAGUCAUGGCAAUGGAGGGAAUUUACUUCAUGACAACAAAAGCACAAUCAGCAAUACUAAUCUCAACAGUGGUCAGCUCAGCAAGAAUGCCAAUUCUCAUGUUGAAAACAAAACCAGCAAACACAAAACCGAAAUGCUUGUAGAGUUUAAUACCUCUAAAAGCUAUAACACUACCAACAAGAGCAACCAGCAGAAUUAUUCAACUUCAAACUACUCAGUCCCCAAAAGACAAGGAUUAGAAGUAGUUUGGGGUGUGUUGGAGUUUAGAGCUUUAGUAUGUAAAGUUCAACAAGCAAAUGAAGAGAAGAACAAAGUAGAAGGAGAAGAACUCAAUAAUCGAAAAGUACUUCAUCAUCCCACUUAUCUCAAUCUUGACGAGUUUCGAAACAUAACAAAGCAAGAAAAAGGCCAAGACACUCCUGCUUCUGCUUCUGCUGCUGCUACUCAGCUCGUUAACAUCACUCACCGGCGUGAACUUGAUGGGGCCGAGUACAAUUAUGCAGCUGCAUCAAAAGGCGCUAAAGUUGUGGCUCAUAACAAAGAAGCUAAAGGGCCAAGCAGCAUAUUGGAAAAAGACAAUGACAAGUAUCUGAGAAAUCCAUGUUCUGUUGCUAAAAAAUUUGUUGUGAUUGAACUUGCUGAACAAACUCUAAUUGAUGUUGUGAAAAUUGCCAACUUUGAACACUAUUCUUCGAAUUUCAAGGAGUUUGAGUUGUCUGGGAGUUUAAGCUAUCCAACUGAAAUGUGGACCGAGUUGGGGAAAUUUGUUGCUUCUAAUGUAAAACAUGCUCAAACUUUUAAGCUUCCUGAGCCAAGAUGGGUGAGAUACUUGAAGUUAAAUCUUCUAAGCCAUUAUGGAUCAGAGUUUUACUGCACACUUAGUCUUAUAGAGGUAUAUGGUGUUGAUGCAAUUGAACGAAUGCUCGAAGAUCUUGUUGCUUCUGCUGAACCGGUUUCAAACAAGUUAUUAGAGCCUAACUCAACUGCAAUGCCUCAUUCAAAAUCAAUGUCUAGUUCAACUGAUCAAAAAACUGUUAAAGUCCAUAAUGGGAACCGAAAUGCUGGUGCAGCAGGCCUAAAAACCGCUGAUGAUGCACUUAAACCGGCUGCUGCUGCUGCUGCUGAUGUGAGCAAGACUAAGUUAUCAAUUGUCACAACCAAUUUUCCUGAUCCUGUUAUGGAAGUUAGACAACAACCGAAUGGGAGAGUUCCCGGUGACAGUGUUCUAAAGAUUUUGAUGCAGAAAGUGAGAUCACUUGAGCUGAACUUGUCUGUUUUAGAGAACUAUAUCAAAGAAAUGAAUCAGAGACAAAAAGAUGUUAUGCCUGGACUUGACAAAGAGAUUUCUAGGAUGUCAUUGCUUUUGGACAAAAGCAAAAGAGACAUUAAAGACCUCUUGGGAUGGAAGGAGAUAAUGGAAAAAGCAGUCACUGAUCUUGAGUCAUGGAAAACUGUUGUGUCAACUCAGCUGGAAGUUUUGGCAAAAGAGAACAACUUGUUGAGAUCGGAAAUCGAAAAGAUUGUAGAUGUUCAAGCCAGCCUGGAAAGCAAGGAGCUUGCAGUGCUAGCAAUCAGUCUUUUCUUCAUUUGUUUCGCGAUUUUGAAGAUAAUUUCGGUACAAGUUUUGACAUUUUUUAGACCAUCUUCUCAAUCUGAUAAAGUAUGCAAAAGAACAAGUAGAGGGUGGAUGUUGAUCCUUGUGAGUAGCAGUAUGACAGUGUUCAUUACUUUGAUCUAUAGUUAGUCACUCCCAUCAUUUGUAGCAAUAGUUUAAUCAGAUACAUUUUUUUAACUGUUGAUCAAAUUUUGUAGCUAUCUAUAAAAUAUAUGAUAAUGAGAUUAUUCUCUUUUACA